AUGACCCUUGCAGGGAAAAGGAGCUCCCUUCUGUGUACAUCUCGUAUUGCUGCAACAUCUUCUCUUGAGCUUCCUUUUUCCUACCUGGGGGUACCAGGUGUUCACUCAAUACUAGCAGCUGGCUCCAUAAUCCCUGUAGUGUAUCAGAGCUUUGCGGAUGGUGAAAAAGCUAUUCCAAAUGUUGUUUUCAUGCAAAGACAGCUGCGCCGGCUUUGUGCCUCUGACCCCAGGCUGUCUGGGAUCUGGGUGCUUUCUGAUCAGUCUGAUACCCGUUCCCAGAGCACGGCUAAUAAGCUGACGGGCCUGGGUGGCUCACAAAUUGCAGCUGUGGGAAGGAGCAGAGGACAGUGUCCGGCUUUCACACAGCGCUCUCUGGCUAGAGCACUCAGAGGUGGGUACCAGAGAACGGGACUGAGCGGCCUCCAGCGGCUCCUGCAAGACCUCACCCCACUUUCCACCGCCCGAGGGGUGGCCGAGCGAUGUAUGGACCCGCCUGGGUCUCCUCUCAAAGCCCCCCUCCCCACGCUGCACCCCCAACACCCAGAAUCCCCGGGAGCUGAGGGGGUGCCACCCUGCACUGGGGCCUCAGCGUCCCAAGGACAAGUUUCUCGUGGGGCAGCGUCCCGCAGCGACUUUGCCCAGUUUCACCCCACGCGAGGCAGCGGGGCGCACGCCAGCGACGCAAGCUCCGCGGGGGCGGGCCGCGGUGAAGCUUGCGGUGCGCGAAUGAAUGUCUGUAGGUUGCGCUUAACAGUACCACCUGAUGAAGGCUCACAGCCUGAACAGGGAGCAAAGGAACCUGAAAGAAAGAAAAAUCUCUACCAUGUACCAAAUGGCAUGUCUCCAGGGAAGCUCUCUCAUGGGAUGGUGUAUGGCGUUGUGCACAGAACUGACAACAACCAUAAGAGAGAAAUGGUGGUUUAUGGGUGGUCAGCUGAUCAGCUGAAAGAGGAGAUGAAUUACAUUAAAGAAGUGAGAGCAACUCUGGAAAAAGUAAGAAAGAAAAUGUAUGGUGAAUAUGAUGAAAUGAAACGAAAAAUACAGCAGCUUACAAAUGAACUGAAAGUGACAAAUGCUCAUCAGGAAUCCUUAGAGAAUCAUGUGCGAGUGCAGGCUGCAGCCUUAGAUAGCUUUAGUGAAAUGAACAGCUCCUUGACAUCAGCAUCUAUAGACUUGCAGAAAACUCUAGUGGAUGUUACAUUGGAGAACACUGAUAUAAGGGAACAAAUAAGGAAUUUAAAACAUACACAUGAGCAAUCUAUGGAAAAGCUGAGAGAGAAGCAAAAGCAACUGGAAACAGCACAAAUUGAAAAUCAGUUACUGAAAUUAAAGGUGGAAUCGUCACAGGAAGCCAAUGCUGAAGUCAUGAGAGAGAUGACAAGAAAACUGUAUAGUCAGUAUGAGGAAAAAAUGCGAGAAGAGGAGCAGAAACAUAAAGCUGAGAAAGAAAUCCUCCUAGAGGAAACGAAUCGGCUUCUGAAGGCUAUUGAAGAGGCAAAUAAGAAGAUGCAGAUUACAGAAACAAGCAUACAGGAAAAAGACCAGAGAAUUGGUGAGCUGGACCGUCUGAUUGAACGCAUGGAAGAGGAACGUCACCAGCUGCAAAAACAACUUGAACUAAAUGAAAGACAAAUAUCUGGAGCAAAAUCUGAAAACAACUGUGACAGUGAAAGGUCACAGCAUUUGGAGGAGGUAGCAGCUAGUCUAAGAGAGCGAAUCAAACAUCUGGAUGAUAUGGUCCACUGCCAACAGAAGAAAGUCAAGCACAUGGUUGAGGAGAUUGAAAUGCUAAGGAAGAAAGUAAAAGAAAAGGAAUUAUUUAUAAUACAACUUUUAGAAAAAAUCUCUUUCUUAGAAUGUGAGAAUAAAGAAUUACAAGAUAAAUUGGACUACUUAAUGGAAACCCAACCAAAGACCAAUAUAGAAACCAGAGAUACUGGUGUAGGAUGUGAUCUUCCAUACAGGAAAUUCAUUGCUAGGCUUCCAGAUAAGGGUAAGAAGAUCUCCGAUUUUGCUGAAAAGCUGACGCUUGCCAUUUUACAGGAGGAAGAAGUGGCAAGGACGGCUGAGCUGUUAUCUGCUGUCAGGUUGGAGUUUCAGGUGAAACAGGAGAAGAUUAAUACAAGCAAACAGCAAGUUAACCUAAACGAAGCUGUGCUAAACCGUGAUGAUUUCUCAGUCUUUAAUGAAAACUCUAAUAUUAAAGAAGUUUCUGAGAUUGCUUCCCAAAGGCAGGAGGCAGAAUGUAUUGAGCAAGAUGCCAUAAAUACUGCUCUGGAAAAUCAAAGGACUCGGAGGAAAAAGGAUAAAGUACAGACUGUUACAAAAGAUCAGAGUCUUUUUUGUGACACCAUCUCCGAGUCAGCCACAAGCAGUCAUCUGACAAAUGAUCAGCAGGUAUUUCACAGCAAUACUGAGGAUGGUACAGAAAGUACAGGUGCUUUGGACGACAGUAAAGACGCGUUGGCUGAUGCCUUUCAAAAAGUUACAAUUGUAGAUGGGGAUGAUAGUGAAAAAGUAUUGGAAAAACAGCAGAAUGUGGCUAAACAUAAAGGCAAUAUCUUUGGAAGCGUGCACCCCAAGACACCACAUUAUAUUGAAGUUCUAGAGUCUAGAGCCAAGAACCCAGUCAUUAAAAAAAGCAAAUUUAAAACAAAUGUAUUAUCAGGAGAGCAAAGUGGAUCAUCGCAUGGUUCCUCAUCCAGUCAGUCACCUGGGGGAUUUGGCUCCCCAAUCACUGCUGAAGAAAAACGACUUAGAGAUAAGAAACAUUUGAAUGACAUCACAGCAGCUCGGCUACCACCGCUUCACCAUUCCCCUGCUAAGCUAUUAUCCAUAGAGGAAUCCAUAGCAAUUCAGAUACAGCAAAAAGAAGCUUAUGAGGAAAUGCAAGCCAGGCUUGCAGCACAGAAGCUUGCAGAGAGAUUGAAUAUAAAAAUGCUCAGGUUUGAACCAGAGGGGGAGGCCUCAUUGCAAUACAGAGAAGUGAGAGAUGAAGAUUAUUUUUCAGCAGAGGACUGAAUUCAAGAAGGGGUAUCUGAGGAUGAGCCACGUAACUGAUCUUUAUGCCGUACUUCUUAAAACCCAAACCUGGAUAUUGAGAAUACUUGAUCUAGUCAGUUUUUAUUUAAAAUUUUAACAUUUCAGCUAUGGGAAGGGCUCAUUAGAAACCCCAUAAAUAUAUGUGUUAUUAAGUGGUAACCCCAGUGUUAUCUGGGGACUGUGUUUUGAGCGCUUGGGGCAGUUAAUCCUUGUGUAAUGCCCCAUAGUUUUCAGCUACAGCAAAGUGAGCUCUUUAAUAUGCUUUUGCAGGCUGUGAUGAGUCAUCUACAAGAGAAGGUUUCUUCUGCACAGAAAUGUGAUUGCAGAGGGCAUCGGCACAGAUGUCCAUAAAGUAAGCCAAGGUGCCUGUGAAAUGCUCACGUGUGUGAAAGCUCUUGUCUUGUAUAAAUAUGAGAUACUUCUGUUAUCUAUUUAAGAUUAUCUUGCUUUUACUGUAUGGUGAAAAUACAUGCCCAGACAGCUACAAUAAAUAUGUGAUAGUUAGGCUGUAAGUUAGUUUCGUACCACAUGAGAACUUGUUUCUGUACCUGCACCUUAAAAUAACACUUUCUGCCCUUACGUUGUAAAUAGGUAAGAAUUUCAAGUUAUUUUGUAACUCAAAUUCAGUUUGGGCUUUAAGGGACUCUGCUGUUUCAUUUUUUGGUUAUUACUGCAAAGCACAUCAAGAGAUCAAGUUAAUCUGAAGACUUUAAUAUUUUUAUUAAAGGUCUCGGUGUUCUUCCAUGUUUUUGUACACUGCUUUCAUACUUUGGAAUACUAUUUUUUCAUAGCCUGAUACUGUAAAGAUUAAGAGAUCCACCCUCUGGUUUUCUUGGAGAAAAUGUUCUGUGUAUUUUGAAGUUUUAGCUGGUUUUUGAAGAUAAAAAAAGAAUUCUUCCUUACAAUAACAUUUUCUGCCUUUUAAUAUGAAUUUUGAAAGAUAAGGAACACACCUGAGAAGUAUUUCACAAUGAUAUUCCACUGUUGACUAGGAUAUUCCAAGCCUAGUAUGAGUUCGGUUCUAAAAAACAAACCUCAGAGAUUCCUUGUAUAGCCUGGCAACACCUGUUUUCCAAGAUGCUGCAGCAGCAGUGUGUGUAAGGCUGUCCCUGGAUUUGUACAUAUUCUUGCAGGAAUGGUGUUUCUGGAAACCAGGGUUGCUCAGUCAUUCAAAAAGCUGCACGAUAUCAUCUAGAAAUGGGGGAUGAAAGUCUCUGCCACUUCUUGAGAGCCUACAGCACUUUACUAGCAGGCAGUAACUCUCUCCCAAAUGCUCCACAAGCUCUCCCAGGCAGUCUCUGUGGCAGAGUCCGUACACGGGCUAUGCGGUUUGACAGGUGGAACUGCUGCUAAGCAAAUAUGUGGUAUAUUUUGACUAGGUCAUCUGUGAUGCCACUUUCCUGUACCCUUUCCUUUCACAGGUUUCUUGUUCUCAUUGUUCAUUGUCUUCUCAUCAGCUGUCUGCUUUUCCCUUUUCCUCAUAAGGCUUACCUUCCAUCACUAAAGCAAAUUCAUAUACCACCCAUUCUCUUUCAUAUGACAUAUCGCUGCCUGUGUCUGCAUUUAACUUGGGCCAUGUGUCAUGCAUCCUCCUGCCAUUGCUAUCUUCUCUGGCUUUCUGUAACUCCAUCUAAAUAUCAGCUGUGCACCUGGGCACCCCCUACAUAGCUCAGUCACUUGAAUAGCUCACAGAGACCUGAAUGUCUUUGUGUUUUUGCCACAGCUGCCCUACUGAGGCUUUUUGUUCUUAGUUCCUAUUUUGGUUUCAGACUGUGCAGGUGUUUGCCACUUCUAGGCCUUAUAUCUUCUGUUUGACCACCUUUUCCUGUUUGGGGUUUUUUUUUCCCCCCUCUCUUCCGUGCUCCUGCUUCAUCCUUCCAGCUUCUCACCAUCACUUGUCUUUGUUAGCACUAUUUUUUGCAUGUUUUCAGUCAUUCAUAUUCAUCCGUCGGCAUCCAUGUUGAUGAUCCAUCUGAUCCUCAGCUGUAUCUAUUUCUGCCUUCAGCAUGUGGCUCUGACUCCACAGGCCAGGGGAGUGCUCUUCUCUUGUGGAUGCAGUUCGUCUCUCAGAUCAUCAUUGUCCAUGCUACCACCUGCUUGUCAGCUGGGUCUUAUCAUCAGUCCUCCCAUUAUUUCAGUCUGUUGUACUCCUUAAGGACGAGAGGCCUCAGAAGUGUAUUGGCUUUCCCUUUGCUGUUGCAUGAAGCACAAGUUACCACUUCCAGGCCUGUGUGCAUCUUUCCCCCUUGUUAAUAUCAUCGUCCUUGUCCCUGUGCUGACUGUGCUGUCACACCUUUUUAAGUUACUGUGUGUGGUUUUUCCAUGCUGGCUUUUCUGUGCUAAAGGAAUUUACACAAAGCCACACAGUUAAGAAUUUGUUUCUAGAUUAUUGAAAUCUAGCUCAAUGUAGGCUUUUGCUGACCACUCUUGUAUGCUAACUAAAAUUAUGUUCUUUCCUUGUGCUUUCAAGGCUUACUUUUGCACUCUAAACUUUGUGAAGCAGAGGCAGUUUUCUUGGUCUGUAUUUUGAUAGUAUUCAACAUGUUGGGGCUUUGCCAAAGUGGAUCCCCUGAAUGGUCAAACUUCACCCUUAAGGGGGGGAAAUCAUCACUGUAGUAACAGGUGAAGUGCAUUACAUAUUUGUUAUACAAUUAGCAGCUGUUCAGCACAGUACUGGGGGAGUUCUUGUGGAAGAGAGUGCUGCAUGACUACAAAACCAAGCUUAAGGUAUGAAUAUUAAGUUACUGAUAAAGGGUUUGUGUUACUGCAAAACCUGGAAGCUUUCGUGGGGGGUUGUUGGUCCUAGGUUCUGAGCACAGGUAGGUACUUUGAAUUAAGAUUUUGUGCGUAAUAAGAAAGCAAAGAGUCAGGUAUAAAGAGAGACCCAUGUUAAGGAGGAUGUGCAAUCCAGAAGGUUGUAAAAAGUUAGAGAAUAAGAGGAUGAAUCAUGGAAUGGUUUAGUCAUACUGAAUUAAGUUUCUGUAUGGUGUUGCUGUUGUCACUAUUCUCCAGUUCCAGAACAUUUCAAAACGUACACUGAGAAUUGAGGAGCUUGCUCUCUUUUUUGGGAGUGGACUGUUUUAUUGGAGUGGGCUGUUAACCCAGUAGAAAAUAAAGAAUUGAUAAUAUGUUUCUGAAGUUCCUCGUGUGAAUAAUGUUUUGUUUUGACAGUGUAAAGUUUGCAGUCAAAUUUGGGGGAAAACUGGAACCUUUUGCUUUAGUGCUACAAAAGGAAAACACUGGAGAUGCAGUUAGGAAACAAUUGCUAUAUAGGGAAAGAAAACUUAUGGAAAUGCAAAUGGAUAAGAAAGAUCUGUAAGACCUAAAGCUGAGCAAGCAUGCAGGUCUGAAAGAUGGCGCAGAGACAGAGCUUAAAUGGUGUGCUGCAAGUCUGAGAGCUAUAGCAUGUGAGGCAGGUAUCUGCAGCAGCAGCUGUAGUCCAUUGAUUUUUGCAUUGUUAGGAGUACCCAAUCCCCAGGCUGCACAGAAGAAAAGCAC